GUCCAUAACAUGUUGUUCAUCCAACUGUUGUUCGUCUAUCUAGUGAUUCUCUGGAUAUAUUUGUUAUGGCGACGUCGAGGUUUUUACCGAGUGAUGUUUCAGUUACCUGGUCCAAUUGGAUAUCCCAUUCUAGGCAGCUUACACAAGUUAUGGAAUAACGAAGGCGUAAACACUUUGGGAAAUUUAAUGAGCACGUAUGGACCAUCAUAUUUGUUUUGGAUGGGUCCGACACCUAUGUAUGUAGUCAGUGAUCCAAGAUUGAUUCAGGAACUAUUAACCGUACCCAAUGCCAUUAACAAAAGUCGUUUAGUUUUCGGCGUUAUUCAACAGCUUCUUGGCUCUGCCAUUUUAACUCUUGAUAAUCCCGUUUGGAGCAAGCAUCGCAGGGUUUUGAAUGCUGCUUUUGGACAUAAUAUCCUGCUCAGCUUUAUGACUAUCUUCAAUGAUGAGUCGAGUUCAUUAGUUCAAGAGUUGGACGCAUUUGUUGGCAAGGGAGAGAAAGAGUUACUUUCUCGAUUUCAAAAUUUUUCUUUUAGAACCGCGAUUCGUAAGUGA